AGAGCUCCGUUAGUGCGCCUCCAAGAUGGCGACGCCGUUGGCGGUAAAUUCGGCUGCUAGCCUGUGGGGUCCUUAUAAGGACAUUUGGCAAACGGUGGGGAAUGCUCUUUGGAAAAGACAACCUGAAGCUAUUCACCUGCUUGAUAUGAUUCUGAAGAAACACAAGCCUGACUUCAUCUCACUGUUCAAAAAUCCACCAAAAAAUCUUCAACAACAUGAGAAGGUCCAGAAAGCCAGUACAGAGGGAGUUGCCAUCCAGGGCCAACAGGGGACCCGCCUUCUUCCGGAGCAGCUCAUUAAGGAAGCCUUUAUCCUUAGCGGCCUCUUUGAGAUAGGGGAGCUGGCAGCUGUAGAGCUUCUCCUUGCCGGAGAGCACCAACAGCCACAUUUUCCUGGUCUCACCAGAGGAUUGGUAGCUGUUCUUUUAUACUGGGAUGGAAAGCGAUGCAUUGCCAACUCCCUGAAAACCCUGAUACAGUCUAGACGAGGAAAGACAUGGACCCUGGAACUCAGUCCAGAACUGGUUUCCAUGACAACGCGUUUUACAGAUGAGCUGAUGGAGCAAGGAUUGACUUAUAAAAUCCUUACCCUGGUGUCACAGAUUGAUGUGAACAAUGAGUUUGAGAAACUACAGCGAGAGAGAGGCCUGGGCAGUGAAAAACACCGCAAAGAGGUUUCUGACCUCAUCAAGGAGUGCCGGCAGUCCCUGGCAGAAAGCCUUUUUUCCUGGGCGUGCCAGUCACCAUUAGGCAAAGAUGACACUCUUCUCCUGAUUGGGCACCUGGAGAGAGUGACGGUUGAGGCCAAUGGCGCAUUGGAUGCGGUGAACCUGGCUCUUCUCAUGGCUCUCCUGUAUUGCUUCGACAUCAGCUUUCUAGAACAAAGCACCGAGGAUCGAGAUGACAUGCUUCACCAGCUCCCACUCUUAACAGAGAGACAAUACAUCGCCACCAUCCACUCGCGCCUUCAAGACUCCCAGCUGUGGAAACUGCCCGGCCUGCAGGCCACCGUGAGGCUCGCGUGGGCAUUGGCCCUCAGGGGAAUAUCCCAGCUCCCCGACGUGACAGCUCUGGCUGAGUUCACAGAAGCAGACGAAGCCAUGGCCGAGCUGGCGAUUGCUGACAAUGUUUUCCUGUUCCUCACCGAAUCUGUGGUGGGCUCAGAGAACUUCUACCAGGAGGAAUUCUAUAUCCGGAGAAUCCAUAACCUCAUCACAGAUUUUCUUGCGCUUAUGCCGAUGAAGGUGAAGCAGCUGCGGAAUCGGGCAGACGAAGAUGCCCGAAUGAUUCACAUGAGUAUACAGAUGGGUAACGAACCUGCCAUGCCGCUUAGGAGGGACCUUGAACACUUAAUGCUCUUGAUUGGGGAGCUGUACAAAAAGAACUCCUUUAAUUUGGAGCUAGCGCUAGAAUACUGGUGUCCCUCGGAGCCUCUUCAGACCUCCACGAUCAUGGGCUCUUACCUAGGGGUGGCGCAUCAGCGACCUCCUCAACGCCAGGUUGUGUUAUCCAAGUUCGUUAGACAAAUGGGAGACUUGUUGCCACCAACAAUUUACAUCCCUUAUUUGAAAAUGCUCCAGGGGUUGGCCAGCGGGCCCCAGUGUGCGCACUACUGUUUCAGUCUGCUCAAAGUCAACGGCAGCAGUCACGUUGAAAACAUUCAGGGGACGGGCGGCAGUCCCGUUUCCUGGGAGCACUUCUUCCACUCCUUGAUGCUCUACCAUGAGCACCUGCGGAAGGAUCUUCCAAGUGCGGACAGUGUCCAGUACCGCCACCUCCCUUCACGCGGCAUCACCCAGAAGGAACAGGAUGGACUGAUUGCUUUCCUGCAGCUGACUUCAACCGUCAUCACUUGGAGUGAGAACGCUCGUCUGGCUCUCUGCGAACACCCCCAGUGGACCCCAGUGGUUGUGAUUCUGGGCCUCCUGCAGUGCAGCAUCUCUCCCGUCCUGAAAGCGGAACUGCUGAAGACCCUCGCGGCUUUUGGGAAAUCUCCUGAGGUUGCUGCUUCCCUCUGGCAGUCAUUGGAAUACACUCAGAUCCUGCAGACUGUAAGGGUGCCAAGCCAGAGGCAAUCUAUUGGUAUUGAGGUUGAGCUGAAUGAAAUCGAGUCCCGGUGUGAAGAAUAUCCCCUGACUCGGGCCUUUUGCCAGCUGAUCAGUACCCUGGUGGAGAGCUCGUUUCCUUCUAAUUUGGGGGCUGGACUGCGGCCUCCUGGCUUUGACCCCUAUUUGCAGUUCCUUCGAGAUUCUGUGUUUCUCCGAUUCCGCACGAGAGCUUACCGGAGAGCGGCUGAAAAGUGGGAAGUGGCUGAGGUGGUUCUGGAGGUGUUUUAUAAACUGCUCAGAGAUUAUGAGCCGCAACUUGAAGACUUCGUAGACCAGUUUGUGGAACUGCAAGGAGAAGAAAUCAUGGCCUACAAGCCCCCUGGCUUCAGUCUGAUGUAUCAUCUUCUCAAUGAGUCACCCAUGUUGGAGCUGGCUUUGAGUUUACUGGAAGAAGGAGUAAAGCAGCUUGACACGUAUACCUCUUUUCCUGGGAAGAAACAUUUGGAAAGAGCAGUUCAGCAUUGCCUGGCCCUUCUCAAUCUGACUCUGCAAAAGGAGACUCACUUCAUGGACCUUCUACGGGAGAGUCAGUUGGCACUGAUAGUGUCUCCUUUAGAACAGCUGUUACAGGGCAUCAACCCCAGAACCAAGAAGACGGACAACGUGGUGAACAUUGCCAGGUAUCUCUACCAUGGCAACAGCAGCCCCGAGUUGGCAUAUGAGAGCGCCAAGAUCCUCUGCUGUAUCUCUUGUAACUCCAACAUUCAGAUAAAGCUGGUUGGCGAUUUCACUCAGGACCAGAGUGUAAGUCAGAAGCUGAUGGCUGGCUUUGUGGAGUGUCUGGAUAGUGAAGAUACUGAAGAAUUUGUACGUCUGGAAGACGGAUCAGAAUCUGAGAAGAAGUUAGUGAUGAUUCGUCACGAAACAAGAAUCCACAUCUUGAAUCUUCUCAUUACUUCUCUGGAGCGCAAUCCACCCAACCUUGCUCUCUACCUGCUGGGCUUUGAGUUAAAGAAACCCGUCAGUACCACAAACCUGCAGGACCCAGGAGUGCUGGGUUGCCCAAGGACGUGCCUUCACGCCAUCUUAAACAUCUUGGAGAAAGGAACCGAGGGCAGAACCGGUCCAGUGGCAGUGAGAGAGUCUCCUCAGCUCGCUGAGCUGUGUUACCAGGUGAUCUAUCAGCUGUGUGCCUGCUCCGAGACAUCUGGCCCCACUAUGAGGUACUUGAGAACCAGCCAGGAUUUCUUAUUCUCUCAGUUGCAACAUUUGCCUUUUUCUAACAGAGAAUAUGAAAUAUCGAUGCUGAAUCAGAUGUCGUGGCUUAUGAAGACCGCCUCCAUAGAGCUGAGGGUAACGUCCCUGAACCGCCAGCGCUCACAUACCCAGAGACUACUGCAUUUGCUGCUGGAUGACAUGCCGGUGAAGCCGUACUCAGAUGGCGAAGGAGGCAUCGAAGAAGAAACUAGAUCCGUCUCGGGCUUCCUACACUUUGACACUGCCACCAAAGUCCGUAGAAAAAUUCUAAGUAUUCUCGACUCAGUUGACUUCACUCAAGAGAUCCCUGAGCCUUUGCAGUUGGAUUUCUUUGACCGGGCCCAGAUUGAACAGGUCAUUGCAAAUUGUGAGCACAAGAAUUUACGGGGACAGACGGUUUGCAACGUGAAGCUGCUCCAUAGGGUUCUUGUAGCUGAAGUCAAUGCCCUUCAGGGGAUGGCAGCCAUUGGACAGAGGCCUCUCCUGAUGGAGGAGAUCAGCACUAUUCUCCAGUACGUGGUGGGACGGAACAAGCUACUGCAGUGUCUCCAUGCAAAGCGACAUGCCCUGGAGUCGUGGAGGCAACUGGUGGAGGUCAUCCUGACAGCUUGUCCCCAGGACCUCAUUCAUACCGAAGACCGGCAGCUGAUCAUCCGCGACAUCUUACAGGACGUGCAUGACAAGAUACUGGAUGAUGAAGCGGCCCAGGAGUUGAUGCCGGUGGUGGCAGGCGCUGUGUUUACCCUGACGGCCCAUCUCAGCCAGGCUGUCCGCACCGAACAGAAGCAGCUGUUGGUCCUGGGGCCCAGAGAGGCCCACUAUGCUUUCGUGUUUGACAGUGCCUUCACCUCGCCUCCUUCUGCAGAGAGCUCCAUGGUGGGCUUUACUUCGAUUGGCGAUUCUUCACUUCACAUCAUAUUGAGGAAACUGUUAGACUUCAUUUUGAAGACAGGUGGCGGGUUCCAGCGCGUGAGGACCCACCUGUACGGCUCUCUGCUCUAUUACUUACAGAUUGCCCAGAGACCUGAUGAACCAGACACAUUAGAAGCAGCCAAGAAAACCAUGUGGGAGAGGCUGACGGCCCCUGAGGAUGUGUUCAGUAAGCUGCAGCGAGAAGACAUGGCCAUCAUCGAGAGCUAUGGUGCCGCACUGAUGGAGGUGGUGUGUCGGGACGCCUGUGAUGGCCAUGAGAUCGGCAGGAUGCUGGCCCUGGCUCUGCUGGACCGGAUUGUGUCUGUGGAUAAACAGCAGCAGUGGCUUCUGUACCUCUCCAACAGUGGCUAUCUCAAGGUGCUUGUGGACAGCUUGACGGAAGACGACCGGACUCUGCAGAGCCUGCUCAGCCCGCAGCCUCCCCUUCUGAAAGCCCUUUACACCUACGAGUCCAAGAUGGCUUUUCUCACUAGAGUGGCGAAGAUACAGCACGGUGCUCUGGAGCUGCUGAGGGCCGGGGUGAUCGUGCGGCUCGCCCAGUGCCAAGUGUAUGACAUGCGCCCCGAGACGGAUCCACAGGGAGUGUUUGGCAUGAGGGACCUCCCGAUGUUCAUCCCCACCCCAGUGGAUCGGUACCGGCAGAUCCUCCUCCCUGCCCUCCAGCUGUGCCAGGCCAUCCUCACGUCAAGCAUGGCUCAACACCUGCAGGCAGCGGGACAGGUGCUACAGCUUCUCAUCUCGCAUUCCGACACUAUCCAAGCGAUUCUGCGCUGUCAGGACGUCAGUGCUGGGUCCCUGCAGGAGUUGGCAUUGCUGACCGGGAUCAUCAGCAAAGCAGCACUGCCUGGCAUAUUGAGUGAACUCGAUGUUGACGUAAAUGAAGGAUCUCUAAUGGAGCUACAGGGACAUAUUGCACGGUUCCAGCGCCAGUGCUUAGGGCUCCUGACUCGCUUUGGUGGCUCUGACAGACUGCGUCAGUUUAAGUUUCAAGAGGAUAAUGUGGAAGGAGAUAGAAUGAGCAAGAAAGAUGAAAUCGAACUGGCUAUGCAGCAGAUUUGUGCCAACGUCAUGGAGUAUUGUCAGUCCCUCAUGCUUCAGGGUUCUCCCACCUUCCAGCACACCGUGUGUCUCCUCACCCCCAGCCUUUCGGAAACCAUGAGUAGAGACGGGCCGCGGCCAGAUAGCCAAGCACCAGUGGUUCCGUGUUGGCGCCUGCCUGGUUUGGGCAUUAUCGUCUACCUGCUGAAACAGAGCGCCAAUGAUUUCUUCAGUUACUACGACAGUCAUCGGCGGAGUGUCAACAAGCUGCAGAAUGUCGAGCAGCUUCCCCCUGAUGAGAUAAAAGAGUUGUGCCAGUCUGUGAUGCCUGCUGGAGUCGAUAAAAUCUCUACGGCCCAGAAAUACAUGCUAGCAAGGCGGCGUCUGGUGAAGUUGAUCAACAACCGCGCCAAGCUGCUUUCGCUCUGUUCCUUUAUCAUAGAGACCUGCCUCUUCAUUUUUUGGCGCCACCUGGAGUACUACCUGCUGCACUGCACACCCACAGACUCCCAGGAUUCUCUCUUUGCCGCCAGGACCUUAUUUAGAAGCCGGAAACCACAAGAUCCCUUCGCCUCCGACACCAGCCUGGACUUCAGAAGUGGGCUGACAGUAGUGAGCCAGCACGACGUAGACCAGCUUCAGGCUGACUCCGCCAGUGCAUUUGGAGAAUCACUGCAAAAGAAACUUCUGGACAUUGAAGGACUAUAUUCAAAAGUUCGAUCUCGCUAUAGUUUUAUACAAGCCCUUGUCAGACGGAUCCGUGGUCUGCUGAGGACCUCAAGGAGCUGAGCGUCUGUGCUUCUACUCUUCUUCUGGAGAGAUGAAUUGGGGGAAACAUUCUCCUUUUUAAUAGAUGACUAUUUCUAAAUUAUGACCAAAAAUUAUUUUGUAUUUCUUUAUAUAUGGACAUCUUUUCUGUAAACUUCUUUGCCGAGUCCCAUCUUCAUUAGUGAAAAAUAAAUUCUUUUUA